AUGGAAGAAGAAGAUCCAAACGAGCUCCCGCUGGAAUUCGUGCCUUCUGACAGUGAUGUGAUUUGCGGCUGGGCGAGACAGAACUAUCAUCAUGCUGGCAAUCGGAUGCUUCGGGACUUGAUUCAAGAGUGUGUCCCAAAGUACAUGAAAGCUAGCACAAAAACUGAAAAGGGGCAUGUCAUUAUUGAUAUUGUUGAUCGUAUCCGCAAGGAUUCUCCAACUGGGGUUGGAUUAGUUCGACAAAAUAAGAAUACAGGGCGUUGGUUUUACAUUGGGCUUGAGAAAGCAAAGGACAAAAUAGGUCAUGCAUUACGAAAGGCUUCGCUAGAAAAGUCACGGAGCCAAUCAAAAGAGAAGAAAACUCCACGAAAGCAUCAAUAUCCUAGUACGGACUCGCUGACAACUGCAGCAUCAUCUACUUCUCCCAGUCCAACACCGAUUUCUUCGGUUUCAUUGCCUUCUUCCCCUGCCCAUAAUCAUCAGGAGAAAUAUGAGGAAAGAGCACCAGUACCCUAUUAUCCUCACUAUGAUGAAGCGUAUCACAGAGCUUAUCAGCACUACCACUACUCUGCCUACCAUCAUCACUAUCCACAUCCUCCUGCACAUGAACUAGCAUCGCGGGAAACCAGUGCUCACCACCCUGGUUAUGAUGUUUACUACCAAUAUGCCAGCGCUCACUCCUAUGCGCCCGCUGACUAUUCGUACUCCGCGGAAGGUGCUCACCAACCACUAAACCAACACCUUCAUGCACAUCACGCAUCAACACCAUUGGGACAUUCACAACUUGCUGGCAGCGGGGACUCAAUCCUGUACAACAGUCCAGUCAUUCACAGUCCUGUCGCAAGUGAACACUAA